AUGAAACAUGUACCGCAAAGGCUUCUGCUUAGGUUAUCUCAGAUAUUUUAUGGUAGAAAGCAAGAAAUUAGCAAAGACUUGAGAGAAUGUACUGAUCUUUUGGAUCAAUUACAUGAAAACUUCACCAAGGAGAAUCUAGUUCAUUUGUCUGACAGUUUUGCACGUGUCAUAACAAAAUAUCCUACAAUCAACAAAAUCCAAGAACUGUACAUCAACACUAAAUUGAGUAAAUACUGUCUUGAAUUGGAUCCACUGAUAAGAAGAAAAGCACGCGUUAAACCUAUCAACGAGAAGCAUAGGUUCGUCAAGUUUUUGACAAAUCAAACAUUGUGCCUCAGUAAUAUUAUACAAAUGAUGCGUAACAGGGAUCAAAAUGAGCAGAACAAUGUACAAUCUGUUGGAAAUGUACAACAAGAGGAACUGAACAAAACACAAUCUAUACAUAACAAGAAACAAAUGAAGGACAAUACGAGACAAAGGAUUGAGAAUGAAAAAAUUAUUAGAAGUCUAAAGGAACAAAUCAAAACUUAUGAUGCUCAAAUUCAAGAAGGAAAAAGACUAAUUGGAGAUAUGGUUAACAUUCUACUUGAAUUGUAUUUAUCUAUUGAUGAAGGCGAAUACGAGGCCCUCUUCCACCAUACUAUUCCUAUGGAGCAAAUCCGAUAUUUAGCGAAUGCAUAUGCGUGA